AUGUCAAGGAUGGGCUCUGUGCUGCAAGGCAUAUCAUGUGACAAGGAAGAUAUCCCCUCUCACCCUGAUAAUCGCUCCCUCUAUGCAGAAUUGCGCCUGAUGCACUCACUAUUCCUGAAGCCACGUUCUUUCACUGCUUCCAAUUUUAUUGCAAUGUGCGCUGAGCCGGGCACAUCUGCCGUCAAUGGCGAGAGAGACCCCGGCGAACAAGCUCCCGCUCUAGCAGAUGGCGUCAGUGACGCUGCCGAGCAUAAUCGUAUUAACGAAAAUCAACCCGGCGACAAUGGCGCUGACACACCUACAACCGAUCUUCAAAGCGCAAUGGCCCGUGAGCGAAAGCGUCUGGCGCGGAAGCGAAAGCGAGAAGCUCAGCGUUUGAAGCGCCGGCAAAACACCAGUGUGUACGUCACGGGUCUUCCUGCGGACGUGACGGAGCAGGAGCUCGCCGACUACUUCACUAAGUGUGGAAUCAUUUUGCCUAGUGCCGAGACAGGGCUACCGCGAGUCAAACUCUACACUGAUGAGAAUGGAGACUUUAAAGGAGAUGGUCUGGUUACGUAUGCGAUGCAGCCAAGCGUGGAGAAUGCGGUCACGCUUUUAGACAACGCUCCAAUACGGCCGGGGGGAACGCCCAUUGGCGUACAGGCGGCAACUUUUGAUCACAAGCAAGAAUGGGACGGGAAAAGACAUAAAAGUAGCUUCCGGCCUCGGGAAUUGGUACAGGAGGCUUUGAGCUGGGCUGAGGAGGGCCAGGAAGUGGCGAAGACGACGCGCAUAGUGAUUCUGAAGAACGUAUUUGGUGCUAAGGAUGCCGACUACAACGUGAUUCGUGAGGACAUGGAGGAAGGGUGUGGGGCAUGUGGAACAGUGGAGAAGAUUACCGUUUUUGAGCGCAAUGCAGAAGGGGCGAUCGCAGUGAAGUUUGCUUCUUUGGAGGCAUGCGUUGAGUGCAUCAAGGUGAUGAAUGGGCGAUGGUAUGAUGGGCGCAAACUAAGUGCCGAGUUUUAUGACGGGGUGAGCGAUUUCCGAUACAAGGAGACCGAGGAGGAAAAAUCAGAACGCGAAAAGCGGUGGCAGGAAUGGCUUGAGGCUGAGGGAGACAAGACAGAAAAGGAUCCCUCCGUGUCAUAG